AUGCUGCGCCGUCGCACUAAGGAUGCCCCCGACGACUCGUCAUCCAGACCGUCGAUCUGGCGCGCGAAGACUAAUGAGGACCUCCUACGCGAAGAAUUUGGCGGUGCCAAGGUCAAGCAGCUAGUCAUCCAGCCCCGGGGCAAGCGGAGCAAACGUCGCAAUGGCCUGAUCUUCGCGCUGGGCGGCUUGUUCGGCAUCUUUGUCGCGUUGUUCUUCGCCAAUCAGCAGGAGGUCAUUAGUCUGGAUUCGCUCAUGGAUUUGAAUAUCGAGUCCUUGAUCGAUGUGAUACCCCAGGGGAUUGUGCGCGAUGCAAAGGAGUUCUCGCAACAUGAACGCGACGCCGUUAGCUAUGACUCCUUCGCCGUCGGCCUCCAGCUCCAAGCCCAGGGCGUCCAAGCCAAACACCCGGUCGUCAUGAUCCCCGGUGUUAUCUCCACAGGGCUAGAAAGCUGGGGCACGGGACCUACUUCGCGCCAAUACUUCCGUCGGCGACUAUGGGGCAGCUGGAGCAUGAUGCGCGCGUUGGUGAUGGACAAGGCAGAGUGGAAGAAUCAUGUCAUGCUCGACCGCGAGACUGGGCUGGAUCCGCCGGGCAUCAAGCUGCGCGCGGCGCAAGGGUUCGACGCGACCGACUUCUUUAUCACGGGAUACUGGAUUUGGAAUAAAAUAUUGGAGAACUUGGCGACUAUUGGCUAUGACCCGACGAAUGCGUUUACGGCUGCGUACGACUGGCGUCUAUCGUAUGGGAAUCUGGAGGUCCGGGACCAGUAUUUCAGCCGGCUCAAGUCCUAUAUUGAGACGGCAGUACAGGUGCAGGGCGAGAAGAUCACACUGGCCUCGCAUAGUAUGGGCUCCCAGGUAGUGCUCUAUUUCUUCAAAUGGGUGGAAAGCGAAGAGCAUGGAAACGGCGGCAAGGACUGGGUCAAUAAGCACAUCGACUCGUGGGUCAACAUCAGCGGCUGCAUGCUCGGCGCCGUGAAGGGACUGACAGCCGUACUGUCCGGGGAGAUGCGUGAUACCGCACAGCUGAACGCGUUCGCCGUAUACGGGCUAGAGAAGUUCUUGUCCAAGGAGGAGCGCGCGGAGAUCUUCCGCGCGAUGCCGGGCAUCUCUAGUAUGCUGCCCAAGGGCGGCGAUGCCGUCUGGGGCAAUGCCACCUGGGCACCAGACGACCAGCCGGGCCAGGCAAUGUCGUACGGCAACCUGUUGAACUUUCGCGAAACCAACUCCUCAUGGACGCUGCGCAACCUCACCACCUCCGAGAGCCUGCAGUACAUGCUCGACCAGAGCGAGGACUGGUACCGCAACCAAGUGCUGACGAGCUACUCGCACGGUGUAGCACACACAGCCCGCGAAGUCGAGGCCAACGAGAAGGACCCGCGCAAAUGGCUCAACCCACUCGAGGCGCGUCUGCCGCACGCGCCAGACAUGAAGAUCUACUGUUUCUACGGCGUGGGCAAGCCCACGGAGCGCAGCUACUUCUACCAAGAAGAGCGCGACCCGCUCGUCAACCUCAACGUCAGCAUCGACACCACGGUCUCCAACAACGACGGCGUCGACCGCGGCGUCCACAUGGGCGAGGGCGACGGCACCGUCAAUCUCCUGAGCACGGGGUAUAUGUGCGCCAAGGGCUGGCACAUCAAGCGCUACAAUCCCGGCGGGUCCAAGAUCAAGGUCUUUGAGAUGCCACACGAGCCAGACCGCUUCUCGCCGCGCGGCGGGCCCAAUACGGGCGAUCAUGUCGAUAUCCUCGGCCGUUCCUCCCUCAACGAUCUCAUCCUCCGCGUCGCAGGCGGCAAAGGCGAUCUGAUCGAGGAGACCUUUGUUUCGAAUAUCCGUGAGUACGCGGAGCGUGUACAGAUCUUUGACGAGGAAUAG